UUGAAAUUGCUUUUUUUUAAGAGUGACAUUUUCAAAACACGGUGUGUUCUUUUUAGGUCAUAGCAAAAAACAAUGAGGAUUUCUAGAGGACGGUGGCCUAGAAGGACAAAUGAAAACUUUUACCAUGUUCUACCAAAUGUUUGUUGAACGUUUCCUUUUUGUAGGAAAUAUUGUUUGUUUACCUUUUUAACGAAAAACCAGUGCCCCAAAAACCAGAGCCCCCCGCUUGCUUCCUGUGUUUCUUUCUCGUGUGCACUGUGCCGUGCGGAAGGGGGGUAGUAGAGUCGCAUGCGGGUCUUACCGUGUUGUUUGAGUUUACCGUACCUGCUAUGCGCAGGUACACUUGUGCUGUGCGCGCGCAGUGGUGUAGUCAUAACGUGCCUACAUGUUUGGUGACAAAUACCUCCAAUUCCGCCUGACUACACUCACCUCCCGCAUGGUGCAGUUUAGUUUGGUUUCGAUUGUUUGGAUUUAGAGAUUGUCAAUAAAAAGUAUAUAUUCUGUAAAGCUGGUUCCAGCCACAGGAAUCACUGUCACGUAGUCCCCACAAAGGGACCCCCCGCUGCAUCUUGGAUAAAAUGAAGAGAAAGACUGGGCCCGUCUCCAGCUCCACACUAAGACGGAGGGUCCGUCAAGAUGUUGAAAAAAGACUGGAACAAAUUAGGGAGGACUGUACAUUUUUAGGUAAUUACUUGGAGGCAAGGCAAAGGACGAAUAACUAUAUGUCUUCCGACACAUCUGAUCAAGAGUCUGAAGAAGAGGCAAUUCCUCUGAAGAGAGCGCCAAUGACAGUCCCCCUUCAUAGCCAUUUUGUUGGGGACUACGAUGAUGAUGACGACGCCAAGAAGAAGGAAAAUACCUGUAAAAGAGACAGAGGUUCAACCACUAUAGGGACAGUUCUCCCUAUUGCUGCACCUCUUUCAUGUACUCCAUCAGAUGUGCAAUAUGAAAGUGGACGACCAGCAGAAGAAACGCCGUCUACAAGCAGCCGUUGUGGACCAACUGGCCAAGGAGGAUGGCGUGGAUCCGAGGGUUUUGCCUGCUGUGCGGCUCAAAUUCAUAUGCUGGGUGUAAUGGAGAACAUCAAACAGCAGCUAGAUCAAGUGAAACAGCAGCAAGACCAAUUGCUGGCAAGAUUUGACCAUCUUAUUCACAAUAAGCAACAGACAACUGGCCCUGAGGUUGAGUGGAGUGAAGACCCGGUUCGGUUUCCACUGAGCACAGUGGAGGAAGUUUCUCUUUUUGAGGCACGGCUCAAUGAUCCCUCCAACUUUCAGCUGCAGAAGAGUGUGAUUUCCUCCCUGGCAACCAUCGGCGGAUAUGACAUAAAACGGGUUACAUGGAACAUCCUCGCCCGCAUGUUCAGCGAUGAUGUUGGUAAGAGCAUCAACUGGAAAGGGGUGAAUGGGAAAAAGGCCUUCAGCCAGAUGACAUCAAAGACGCUGCUCCUGCAUGCCGUCAGAAAGAAUCGCUCGACACGUGACGCCACAGACGAUGACAUUCUCAAACAUGCCAUUCGGUGGUUCAACCUGGCAGCAGACCGCGGCACCUCCCGGAGGCGCGCCACUACCAACGCUCCACUCACUGACCAAAAAUAAAUGUGUGUUGUGUACAAAUCUUAAAAUCCGUGUAGAUCUUUUUUUUUUUAAAUAAAACCUUUUUGAUUUUUA